UACCUCCUCCGCAUCACAGGGACGACUGCAGAAGCGGGCAGGCCAACAGGCGUGCCAGAGCCUCCGUCUCCCUUGUGCUGGGCAGCAUCUACUGUUCGAGUUUUAUCAGAGAUGGACUCGUACCUGAUCCAGGUGAAGGGGAAGCCCUCCCUCCCCUCCCUCCGGGAUGUCCACCUCAGCCUCCAGGGGAAGAGCCCAUCCUCAGGCCCAGUGAAAGGCCGCAAACCCCACUGGGCAGUCAGGGCCUCCGAAAUGUCUAAAAGGACCUUCAACCCCAUCCGUGCCAUUGUGGACAGCAUGAAAGUGGCUCCCAAUCCCGAGAAACCCCUCAUCUCCCUCUCCAUAGGGGACCCGACGGUGUUUGGAAACCUCCCUACAGAUGAGGAGGUUGUGCAGGCGAUGAAGGAUGCCCUCGACACAGGAAACUACAAUGGCUACGCCCCUUCUGUGGGUUACCAGUCUUGCCGGGACGUGGUUGCCAAGUAUUACAGCUGCCCAGAAGCUCCUCUAGAAGCUCAGGAUGUCAUUCUGACCAGCGGCUGCAGCCAAGCCAUUGAACUGGCCCUUGCUGUGCUGGCCAACCCCGGGCAGAACAUCCUGGUGCCGCGCCCUGGCUUCUCCCUGUACAAAACCCUGGCUCUGUCCCUGGGCAUCGAGGUGAAGUUCUACAACCUCUUGCCAGAGAAGUCCUGGGAAGCCGACCUCAAGCAGAUGGAGUCAUUGGUGGAUGACAAGACGGCGUGCCUGAUUGUGAACAACCCCUCCAACCCUUGCGGCUCCAUCUUCAGCAAAAGCCACCUCCAGAAGAUUGUGGCAGUGGCCUCCAGGCAGUGCAUCCCCAUCUUGGCCGAUGAGAUCUAUGCAGAGAUGGUGUUUGAGGACUGCAAGUAUGAGGCCCUGGCCACAGUCAGCCCCCAGGUGCCUGUCCUCUCCUGCGGAGGCCUGGCCAAGCGGUGGCUGGUGCCAGGCUGGAGGAUGGGCUGGAUCCUCAUUCAUGAUCGCAGAGAUAUCUUUGGGAAAGAGAUCCGAGAUGGGCUGCUCAGGCUGAGCCAAAGGAUCCUGGGACCGUGCACUGUUGUGCAGGGAGCCCUCGGAGGCAUCCUCCGCCGGACAUCCUCUGAAUUCUACCACAACACCCUCAGCUUCCUCAAGUCCAAUGCUGACCUCUGUUAUACUGCGCUGUCUGCUGUGUGUGGCCUGAACCCCGUCCAGCCCUCGGGGGCCAUGUAUCUCAUGGUGGGGAUUCAGAUGGAGCAUUUCCCUGAGUUUGAGAAUGACGUGGAGUUCACCGAGCGCCUGAUUGCUGAACAAUCCGUCUUCUGCCUGCCUGCUGCGUGCUUUGAGUAUCCCAGUUUCUUCCGGGUGGUGCUCAGUGUUCCCGAGGACAUGAUGGCAGAGGCUUGCCAACGCAUCCGGCAGUUUUGUGAGCAGCAUUAUCAGGAUGGAGAGGGGUGCCAGGAGCCGGAAUGUGACAAGUAGGCACGGGCGCCUCCGCCCCUCCACCUGCAGUCGAGUCGUGCAACAGAGGGGGCAGCCGCCGCCCCACACUCAGCCUAGCUUAUCCAGCUGCAGCUUCAGAGGGCCUGUGGGGCCCCCCGUCCAGACCGAGCCCUGGACACAACACAGAGCUGGAGCAAAACCCUCAGAGACACUCCUUCCCCCCGGCGGGCCGCUUGGCAGGGCUCCAGGCAUGCCGGAGGGCAGUGGCAGGGGGCCUUCUUGGCAUUCUCUGCAGGGGUGUGACGGCUGCCUGAUCGGCCCUGGCCACUGGCGUGCAAAUGAGUGCCACAGCAGGUCUAAUACCUGGCUUGAGAGGCAGCCUGUUCCUUCCUGUGCCUGUUUGCGGUUCCUAAGUUAUUGUUCCUUUUGUAUGAGUAAAUGGCAGACCUUGUGCUGA